AAGUUUUCAUAUACUUAGCGAAAAAAGUCAUUUACUGUUUAGUACAGUUACGGUAUUGCCUUUUAAAAGAAUAAAAACGGUCAUCCAUCAUAUUUGAUAAUAAAUCUCGUUCCACUUUUCCCAUCAACUUUAACCACUUGCAUUUACUAACAGAAUUAUUUUCAAUGUCUCUAAAAGGAUAUCAUUACUUCACCUUCUUACUAUGCCUGUGUCAUCAUCAUUUUCCUUUCCCUUUCUAUCCAAUUCCGCAACCGGUUUUUUUCUCCGUGUUUCUAUUAUAUUUAUUUUUCUCUUUACUGCCCUUCACCCACUGUGAAGCUACGGUCUUUUGCCAGUCCUCCUUUGGCAAAGCUAAAGGAUAGUUGCGUUUUAUUACUCGAUCGAACUUCAUAAAUAGAAAGUUUGAUUUCGUCAUAAGUUUCUUUUUUAUUUUCUUUCACACCGACAACACCCUGGGUGUUCGUUUUGUGUUUAACCCUUUAUUGUUUGUUAAAAAUAUAUUUGGAAAAAUAUGAGAAUUCAUUUUAAAGACAAUGGGCAGGCGUCUGGAUCUGACGGUGAGGAUAUACUAAAUCAUGACAAUGACGCUCUAAGAGAAAGAGUUUCCGAUUUAGAAAAAAAGGUUCAAGACCAAGCAGAUGAAAUUGUAUGUCUCCGUGGAACGUUAGCUGACGUGCUGAGGCGUGUCACGCAACUUGAAGGAAGAGCUGUGAUAAUCACUAGCAAUAAUGUACCUGCUCCAGUCAAACCACUUUCAAACAAUUCACAUCCAUACAAGCCAUCAAAUAACUACCAAAGGCAAAUCACAUCACCCACUACGAACUGUAUUAACUCUCAUGUUACUCCAACCACUCCUCAAACACCUGCACAUCCAGGUCGGAGACUUUCCCACUAUCCCUCUUCCGGUUCCCUUCAUAGUGAGGGUGGUCACAGUUCCAGUUCUGCAUCACCUAUACCAUCACCGUCACCAUCUGUAACAAACAAUUGUCGAAGUUCACCCUCUCCUAGACAUACGCCAUCUCCCAGUCGUCACAUUUCGAUGUCCACGUCAAAUUUAAAUUCAAUGAAAAAAUGGUCAUCAAGUCAAGAAUAUUUAACUUCCAAUAAUAACAUCAGGAGAGUUACUACUGGAUCUCUCUUCAACUUGAAUAUGAGAAGUUCCACACCAAAUCAGGCUAGGCAUGGCACAAAAGAUGCUGUCUUGAUGCAAGAUGAAGGAAUAGUCAAACUGUAUUUACGAGGGAGACCUAUUGCCCUUCAUAUACCUACUGAUUACUUACAAGAUUAUUCACUAAAUAAAGUAAAUUGUCCUCCAUCACAAAGGCUUAAACUAGAAUGGGUAUAUGGCUACAGGGGGAGAGACUGUAGAUCAAAUCUUUAUUUUUUACCUACCGGUGAAAUGGUAUACUUCAUUGCCUCAGUAGUUGUAUUAUAUAAUGUUGAAGAUCAAAUUCAGAGGCAUUAUAUGGGUCACACAGAUGAUAUUAAGUGUCUUGCUCUCCAUCCUAAUAAAUUGCUAAUAGCCACUGGUCAAGUUGCUAGUACUGAUAAAAGAGAAAGAAGACCAAGAAUAUCAAGACGGCCUCAUGUAAGGAUAUGGGACUCAGUUAGUUUAAAUACUUUGCAUGUUAUUGGAGCUGGUGAAUUUGAGCGUGCAGUUUGCUGUGUUGCAUUCUCUCAUGCGGAUGGAGGUGCACUUCUCUGUGUCAUAGAUGAAUCAGUAGAGCAUACUCUUUCCCUUUGGGACUGGCAAAAAGGUGAAAAGGGCCACAAAAUAACAGAAACUAAAAGUGCAUCAGAAACUGUUCUUGCUGCUGAGUUCCACCCAAUGGAUAGACAUACUCUUAUAACUAUUGGCAAAAACCAUAUUUACUUUUGGGACACUGAAGGUGGCACUCUAGCUAAAAAAUUGGGCCUUUUUGAAAAACAAGACAAGCCUCGCUAUGUGUUGUGUAUAUCCCUUACAGAAACCGGUGAACUUUUGACCGGAGACUCAAAUGGCAAUAUAUUAAUCUGGUCAAGAGGAUCAAAUAGAGUUACUAGAACUAUCUAUAAUGCUCAUGACGGUGGUGUAUUUUCAAUCUGUUCAAUGAAAGAUGGCACAUUUCUUUCUGGUGGUGGCCGUGAUCGUAGAAUUGUUGAAUGGGACCACGCUUUAUCGAGAACGGGUAGAGAAGCUAAGUUACCGGAACAAACUGGUGGUGUCAGAGCUUUAGCACAAGGCAAAGGCAGCAUGUUGCUUGUUGGUACUACCAAGAACUGCAUUCUCCAAGGCACACUAUCUUUAAAUUUUUCGUUAAUUGUUCAAGGCCACACUGAAGAGAUAUGGGCCCUUGCUGUUCAUCCUAGCCAAAGUCAAUUCAUUAGUGGAGGUCAUGAUCAUUUUAUUCAUAUGUGGGAUACAAUGUCUCAUUCAGUCGUUUGGAGCAAAGAUAUUGGAGAGGCAGUGCAGUCAGCUUGUUUCUCACCUGAUGGAAGUGUUCUUGCUCUUGCAACCUCCUCUGGCAGGUGGUCAGUGCUAGAUGCAACAACACGCCAAGUCUAUUCCAUGCAUGCUGAUGGAAAUGAAGUCAUAGACUGCAUUAGAUUUUCACCUGAUGGCCGUUUCUUAGCUGUUGGAUCACACGACAAUUACAUAUAUGUUUAUCAAGUUGAUGAUGAAUGUAAAAAAUAUAACAGGAUAGGUCGUUGCAUGGGUCAUUCAAGCUUUAUUACUCACCUUGACUGGUCAGAAGAUAGUACAUACAUUCAAACUAGUUCCGGAGAUUAUGAGCUUUUAUAUUGGAAUGCUGGUGUUUGUAGACAAGUUAGCAAUAUGUCGAUUGCAAGAGAUCUCAAAUGGCAAACUCAAACUUGUACCAUUGGUUUUAGUGUGUUAGGUAUAUGGCCUGAAAAUGCUGAUGGUUCUGAUGUCAAUACUUGUUCUCGAUCUCAUAACCAGAAAUUAAUUGCUACUGGAGAUGAUUUUGGCAAAGUUAAUAUUUAUAGUUUCCCAGCAUGCCAACCGAAGUCACCUCAUCACAGUUAUGGCGGCCAUAGUAGUCAUGUGACUAAUGUAGACUUUACUCCUGAUGAUACAAGACUAAUAUCUCUCGGAGGGCGAGACUGCAGCAUCAUGCAGUGGGCAUUAACGUAAAGUAAUCACAUGAACAUGUAGUAUACUACUUGGUCAUAAAACUAGAUUUUCUAAAUCACUGAUUUUGCCUUACUAGAGCAAUUGAAGAAUACUUGCUGAGGAAGAAACAAGUUUGGAGAUACAUACUAAGCAAAUAACUUUCAAGUCUCUUGUUAUUGUUUGAGACUUUUAGAAAGAAUUUAUUUAAUGUUGGUGCUUAGUAUUCAUUUCAAGUGGUUUUAUUUUUACAACACGAUGUUUACGUCUCUCUUUUGGGACUUGUAAAGUUUUAUGCUUUUAUGAAGAAAUUGAACCUGGUGACUUAUAAUCAGAAAUUUAACCCAGUGAAAAAUAUUACAUAAGUAAAAAUUGUGUUAUCUAACUUUAGAUUGUGAUAGUAAAGAGAUAUCUUUAUAUAGUUUUUUUGAAUGCAAAUAUGUUUUACAACAAUGGUAUUCUUAUAUUUUUAAUAGUGAAGUGUUUUAAAUCUUUAAAAAUUAUUAAUGUUUUUUACAAAAAAUUGCACUUUGGCAUUCAGAACAAAAGAAUUUCAAACAUAAGUUAAGCGAUGUCUGAACUAGCUGUAAACUUAUACAAUGUUAUGUAGAAAAAAAACGAAAUUAUUUAUAUAAAACUGAAUGAUUUAUGUUAUUAACUUUGAAAUGCAUUUUUACAUGUUGAAUCCUGAAAAUGUGUAAUGCAGACUUUUCAUUUCGAAAUGUGUGAUAUUUCAAUGUUUUUAUAGCUUUUUGUUUAUAAAUGUGUUUUGUUAAUAAACUAUGUAGCUUAUAAAAAACUUUAUUAUGUGUUGUGUUUAGAAAACAUUUUAAAUUUCAAUAUAUAUUAAAAGUUAAUCAAAACUAUGGAUUCUUUUUCUUUAUAAAAUUAUCUUUUUUAAAUUUCGUUCUGUAGAACAAUCUUUAAAAAGAAAUGUCAAUGAAAAUUAUUCUUUGAAUUAUAAACAAGAUGAAGUUUUGUAAUUCUUAUAACAAGUAUAAUAAUCAAGUUACCCCUCAUUAGUUUUCUAAUAAAUGACAUUUAUUAUUAUUGCAUGUUAGUAUUCAUUCAAAAGUUUUAGCGUUCUUUCAUAAUUAAUCUUUCAUUGUUUUAGUUUUAAAAAGCUUUUUACUAUAAAUUAAUGGUUUGUAGCAUUUUAAAUAUUGAAAAUAUUAAGUAUAUUUUAAAAAGAAAAAAAGAAACAGUUUUAGGUUUAAUUGUUCAGUGUGUGGAUCUUAAAUUAUCUCUAAGAAGCAGUUUUGAAUUUUCCUGAUUGAAAGAAGUAGAGAAACUGAAAUUUAUAUUAUGUUUGAAAAAUUCAAUUUUAUUCUUACUCUUUUUAGUAUGGCUCUUAAUUAUGAAAUAUAUUUUAAUAUUUAACAUAUUUAAAUUAUUUUUCUUCUCUACUUUAAAAAAAGAAAUUGAAAAUUUUUUUACAUAAAAGCGGAGAAAAAGAAUCAGUUUAACUUAUCAAUAUAACUUCAAAAAGUGAUAAUUUAAAGUGCUAAAAAAUUUUUGAAAUUAAUAAGUAAUUUAACAAAGAUAAGUUAGUGUAAGUGCGAAAUAAUACAUAAUAAAGGUUUAUUACACUCACUAAAUUAACUUUAUUGUCACUCAUUGGCAGUCAAACGUCACUGAAAUAUGUCAGUGCAGCAAAUUUGGUACUUUCCUCAUAGGAAUAGGUAUUGAAUUAAUAUGAAAGUAAUUAAUUAUUUUUUGUUGCAUAUUCUAGAAGUUGACUUUUUCUGCUCUUAUUUGGUUUAUAUUACAAGGUGUUUUCUUUCAGGCAAUUUUAUAUUUUUUUUUCUCAGAAACAAAAGAAAAGUUUAAUAAUCCCUUUCCCAUUUACAUGUAUGCAUGCGUAGAAUUCAUUGUGAUUAUAUCUGUUGGCGUUAAAGUUUUAUUUUUUAUUGUAGAUAAUCAGAAUAUUUGAUACAUGAAAAUAUUUCCAUAAAUAAAUUAUUCAAAUACUUCUAUUUAAUAAAACAGUUUUAACAAUAAUAUUAAAUAUUUGAAUUAAUAAUAUAAAAAUAUUGAAAUUAAUAAUGAAUUUAGCAAAGAUAAGUUAGUGUAAGUGCAAAAUAAUGCAUACUUAACAAGGGUUUACUACACUCACUAAAUUAACUUUAUUGUUACUCAUUGGCAGUCAAAUGUCACAGGAAUGUGUCGAUGCAGCAAAUUUGGUACUUCCCAGGUAAUAUGAAUAGGAAUUGAAUUAGUGCGAAAGUAAGUGAUUAAUUCUUUUUUGUUGCAUAGUCUAGAAGUCAUUGACUUUUUCUCCUCUAAUUUGGUUUAUAUUACAAGGUGUUCUUUUUUUUCAAGCAAUUUUAUAUUUUUUCCCCACAGACAUAAAUAAUAGUUUGAUAAUCCCUUUUACAUGAAUUUAUGUGUAGAAUUUAUUGUGAUUAUAUCUGCUUGUGUAAAAGUUUUUUUUUUAAUUUUAUUUUUACCAUAGAUAAUCGGAAUAUUUGAUAUAUGAAAAUAUUUCCAUGUGUAAAUUAUUCAAAUAUUUCUGUUUAAUAAAACAAUUUUAAUAAUAAUACUAGUAUUAAAAAUAUAUAUAUAAUUUCAAAAAUCAAUAAAUUGAAAUAUCAGCUGUUUUAAGGCUCUUAGAUUUUAAAAUGUUGUUUGAAACAUUGUUGAAAAAUGUAAACUAUUUAAUCUCUUUUGAAAUACAUGUGUACAAAAAACAUUAUUAAUGCAGGUUUACCACUCUACAGGGAGAAUAUGGAAAAAGCAGGGAAUUUAAAAAUCACCUAAAAUAACAGGGAAUUUUGAGUUUUUCCAUACAAACUGGGAAAAUACAGGGAAUUUUAUUUCUUAUUUUCGUCUUUUAAAAGUAAUUACAGGGUAUCCGCGCACCUGCAAAGUCAUGAGUUUUUGUAUUGAACAAAAUUUGUCAUGAAAUGUCACGAUUUUAACUUUUUAAAAAAAAAGUCGGAUUUAGGUCUCCCAAAAAUCUAAUUUUUAAAAUGGAAUUUACCCCCAAUUUCAUAGUGUUCC